CCUCGGUCGGGAACUCUUCCUUCCUUCCGGCAGAGGACAGGGUGAAGAUGGCGACGUCCCUGAAGUGCUUUCUCCGCGCAGGAAAGAAUGUCGUGUCGGUUCUUCGACCGCGGGGAUUCCAUAGCAGCGCUCCAGCGGCUGUGCAGGUGACUGUCCGUGAUGCCCUUAACCAGGCGAUGGAUGAGGAGCUGGAGAGGGACGAGCGGGUCUACCUGUUGGGUGAAGAGGUGGCUCAAUAUGAUGGAGCCUAUAAGGUGAGCAGAGGUCUGUGGAAGAAAUAUGGAGACAAACGGAUCGUUGACACUCCAAUCUCAGAGAUGGGCUUUACCGGCAUUGCAGUGGGAUCUGCCAUGGCUGGCCUGAGACCCAUCUGUGAGUUCAUGACCUUUAACUUCUCAAUGCAAGCCAUUGACCAGGUCAUCAACUCUGCAGCCAAGACCUACUACAUGUCAGCGGGUCUGCAGACGGUGCCCAUCGUCUUCAGAGGACCCAACGGAUCAUCAGCAGGUGUCGCUGCACAGCACUCACAGUGCUUCGCUGCAUGGUACGCUCACUGUCCAGGUCUGAAAGUCGUCAGUCCCUGGAACGCAGAAGAUGCCAGAGGUCUCCUUAAAGCAGCCAUCAGAGACGACAACCCUGUGGUGUUCCUGGAGAACGAGCUGAUGUAUGGCGUUGCCUUCGAGAUGUCAGAGGAGUCACAGUCCAAAGACUUUACCAUUCCCAUCGGCAAGGCCAAGAUCGAGAGACAAGGGAAUCACGUCACUCUGGUUUCUCACUCUCGAUGCGUUGGUCACUGUCUGGACGCUGCUGCUGUCCUCGCCAAGGAGGGAAUCGAGUGUGAGGUGAUCAACCUGCGAUCCAUCCGUCCCAUGGAUGUGGAGAGCAUUGAGACUAGCGUGAUGAAGACUAACCACCUGGUGACGGUGGAAGGUGGAUGGCCUCAGUUUGGUGUCGGGUCUGAGAUCUGCGCCAAGAUCAUGGAAGGUCCGGCCUUCAACUACCUGGACGCUCCAGUCACCAGGGUGACAGGCGUCGACAUCCCCAUGCCUUACGCCAAAAUCCUGGAGGACAACAGUGUGCCGCAGAUCAAAGAUAUCAUCUUCUCUAUCAAAAAGACCCUCAACGUCUGAGACGCACCGACGCAACGUCAGGACAGCCCACCUCAAUCCUCUUUGUCUCGUUCGCACACACAGUGGUGAAAUAUUUAAACUUUGUGUAAAUACAGCCAAACACUGUCUUUUAAAAAUGCUCCAGACUAAGACGUUCCCUCUCUUGAAAUGCGCAUAGCUGUUCAACCAUAGCCCAGAGCCGCAGACACAGUUUGGUCAGGUUUGGUUUUCACUAAACUAAUGACUUAUCAAACCUGUCUGUGGCUUUGGUUGCUCUAAAAGUUACUCUAUCCUGUAGAUUUUUUUCAUAUCACUCAUUUUUGUGAUGUUCAGUGGGCAUAGAAAUGUCAUGAUUUAAACAGUUAGUGGAUCCGAGAGCUGCUGGGUAACAUUUUUUUUUUUUAUUUAACUCCCUCAACCUUCAGAUUAACUUUGUUUAAAUUUGAACUUUCUUUAUUGAAAACAACUGAAAUGUGUCUGAAAAAGCAAGGGUCAAGCAGUGUCAAAUAUCAAGUAUUUAUUUGUGUGUAUCUGUGUGU